UGACCGCAGGUGACUUCAGCUCUCAAACACCAGUCAACUUUUGUUUCCAGAAGCUUUUUUUAUCUUUAUAUUUAAAAUAAUGUUUGGCAAAUUGUCCAUUGUCGUCAUUCUCCUUACAGUUCUUGGUGGUACAUUUUGUGAACUCAAUUUAAGGACAUACAAGGGUCAGACGGCCAAAAUCGAAUGCGCUUACACGGCGGAGAACAUCUUCAACGCAAAGUACUUCUUCAAAGUGUCAGCAGGCCCCAACAUCAAAUCCAUAUACAGCUUAAAAGGACGAAGGGUCUUGCGUGAUGGCAGAGUAUCAAUGAGUGAUGAUUUUCAGAGGAAAAUUAUCUCUAUAUCUAUAUUCGAAUUGACUGAAAGUGAUUCAGGACACUAUGCUUGUGCAAUUGGCAAAGGUCACAGUCUGGAAACUUUUGCUGUGGUUAGACUUUCUGUAAUGACAGCCCCUCAAAUAGUAAACAUAGAAAAACCUUCCAUCCCAACUGUGAGACCGUUCCUCAGUCCAUUCUCAGAGACAUCGAAAAGUGUCAAUGCUGUUACUGAAAUGUCCAAAGAACAAGAAGUGUUAACAGUAUUUUCAGAUUGGUGGAGGACUCCUCUUUAUGUUCUCUCAUUUCUGAUUGUGGUUCUAUUGUCAUGUGGACUGAUACUGCUACUUUACCAAACACUUUGGAAAAGAUCAUCUCAAAACAAAAGACACAAAAAGACAGCGAGUAAGGGGAAUGAUAACAGUAAAAACUACCAGAAAACGGAAAAGGAGUACAAUGAAUUAGAUGUCUGCAGAAAGUUUCCAGACUCAAUAUACCACAACCUCAACAAGAAGCAGUGUGAUCUAAUUUAGACCUGUUUAGACAACAAAAAACCUUAAAAUAAGAGUUUUGUGCAUUUAAAAUAAUAUACUUGCAAGCUCACAUAAUGCCUUCUAUUAUUUUAUUAUUGUUUCCACUUGAAAAGUUUAUUUGCAAAAACAGAUUUAAAAAAACAAAAUUAUGUUUUUAUUAUGUUAUCUCGUUUUUAUUGUGUGAGUUGGUUAUUAUUACUUAUUUAAAACAACCCAACCACAGUUUGACUGGUAUUAAUUGCAAUGCACAUAAACAUUUGUUUUGAACAUUUUAAAAAAGUGAGUUAUCUGUUUUUGCAAAUGAACGCUUCACUUAUUAAUGUAAGCAAAAUGUUUAAAAUAUAGUUAACCCAAAUGGAAUUUGUAGUAACCAUGAUGUGAACUAUAUGUGUUUUGUAUAUAAUAAUGCAAUAAUUUUUUUCAGUCA